CCUCCUCCUCCUCCUCCUCCUCCUCCUCCAUGUUCUGAGGUCACACGGAGGCAGAACUCGACAGUCGGACCUCAAACUGCUUCCCACAGAACCAGCAGACCCAGUCCAGGCAGGAGGAACCACGAGGAGUUCUGUUGUGGAUUCUUCAGCAGAGAUGAGUCAGAAGAUGACCUGCUGAGAACAACAUGGACAAACAGAAAGUUCUGGCGAAGCUGAUCUGGGACCUGCAGUCCUUCCUGUUGGUUCUGGACUCAGAGAACCUGAGUUACAUCGCUCAGGCUCAGAAGAAGUCCAUCUCAGACCUUCUGUCUAAGCUCCAGACUCCUGAUAAUCCAGUGGAAGAUGCUGAGUACAUGGUGAUGAGUUGUCCAUCAUCGUCACCUAGCACCGAGCUGCCUGACACACCUGGGACAGAACUUGUCUGGUCUCCUGAGCUUCUCGCAAACCCAGACUCCUCUGUCAGGCUGAAGGAUGUGAUGAAGGGUCCCACGGUGCCGCCCCACCCUCCGGGAGGCCUCAGAGGUGACGAAGAGGAGGAGGACACAUACGAGGAAGCAGAACCUUACGUCGCUGCCGAAACCACAGCGUCCACAGAGAGGGCGGAAUCAGACAGCAGCUACUACGAGCCGUACGGAGAGGAAGAUGAUGACCACGAGGAGGAAGAUGCUAAAGAGGGGGGUCUCGUGAAGGACAGAGCCCACUACAUCCAAUGGAGCGCCUCGCAGCCCUGCCUAAGGCCCGCCCCCGAGUCCCGCCUCUGUGACUACCUGUGGAGGAGGAAGUGGCUGGGCCAGUGGAGCAAGCAGCUCUUCAUCAUCAGGAAUGAUGUUCUGCUGUGUUAUAAGUGCACUCAGGACCUGCUGCCUCAGCUGGAGCUGAACCUCCGCGGCUCUCAGCUCCUCUACAAGUCCAAGAGCAACGGCAAGAUCCAGCACCGGCUCAAACUGGUCCCGCUGGGGUCCGAGUCUCUGGUCCUGGGCUUCAGCAGCUUUGAGCACGCUGACGAGUGGAGGAGGGUGAUGGAGGAGGUGAGCUCUGGAGGAGAGGAGGAGACUCAGAGUCUGUCAUCUCUGGAUAAAUCAGAGCUUCGACUGUCCUGCAGGUCCAGUUCAGUCCAGACUGUCUCUGAUGAAGAGAAACCUUCAGCUUUCAGCAGCCUCAGCAAAAACAAAGGCUUCCUGAACGUUCUGAUGAACUGUCAGUGGCAGAGUCUGUGGUGUCAGGUGGAGCACGGAGUCCUCAACAUGUUUGGAGACGAGGAGGAGGAGGAGGAGGAGGAGGAGGAGGUGAAGCGCUCUCCUCAGUACACUGUCCAGCUCAGAGGCUGUGAGGUCAGAGGCGGGCCCGACACCGAGCGCUCCUACAGGGUCACACUGAGCAUGCUCAGUGACCAGGUGGCUGUCCUGGAGGUGAGCUCCUCAGAGGAAAAACAAAGAUGGCUGAAGCUGCUGCAGGACGAAGCUUCCAGUCCCGUUCCCCAUGACAAGAAGGAGGAGCCUACAGGGGCCGCUCUCGGCGGGCUCCAGACUCGCAGGUUUCCCACCUCCAACACCUACAUGGACGACCCGUUCAGUCUGAGUGGAACCAUCCGAGACCAGCCCGUUUACUCCAACUCCUCCAUCCUGGAGCACAUGCUGCGCAGCUCUCAGGACUUCAUCAGCUCGUCUAAAGACUCAGUGACCUACAGCAACACGGUGCUCAGCAGCCACAGUGCUCUCUGUGUUUCAGGUAAGAAGGCGGCGCAGGUGAGGCGAGGAGUCCAGAAGUUGGAGCUGGCUGGGUCCCCAACGGUGCCGCUGAGGGCGGGCUCUGAAACCAACCUGGUGUUCGCCGUGAAGCGAAACAAACGCACCUCCUUCAGGCAGUCUCUGGCCAUCUGCACUGAGCGGGCUCAGAUGGGCUUCCUGAACCCUCUGCUGCGACGGACAGCCUCAGCUAAGAGCUCCCUGAGACGAGCUCCUUCAGCACUCUUCAUCGAACAUGGAAAAGUUUUCCAGAGGAAGAAGGAGUGGGAGGCCAAAGCUGCUGCUUGAACUUGUUAGAACCUACCUGAACGAUGAUGAUCCUGUCCUGAAGAGGCAGCGCUCUGAUUGGUUGUUUGGACUCAGGUAGACCCAAAACAAAUCCAGCAGCUGUUUCAAUGAACCAGAUAAAAUAACUAAUAAAGAUUAACAAAUUCCUGACAAGUCAACUUUAUCUCUGAAUUUAACUCUUUGUUUUAGUCUCUAAAAUUAAAAAAAAAAUUGAUGAAUUUUGUUCGUCUGAACACCAGGCAGAGAAAAAUAUAAACUAAAAAGUCAGAAAACUGACCUUAAAAUAUUUAUGUAUAAUUUGUAAAAUAAUAUUUUUUAAU